AUACUGCAUCCCGCAUACCGCAUUCUCCCCUCCCUUUGACACCUGUCAUCACCACUUCCACAGCCCGCGAUGGCUAUUUGGUCGUGUGUCUCGCUGUCCGCCCACUGCAUCUCCGACACAUCGUAACAUGGACCGGCCACUCUCCGCCGCAAGUUCAGGUGUCGCUCCCUCCGCCUCAACACACAAACGGAAUGCGUCGGUCAAGACAACUUCUAAGCCGUCCGGGCCCAGCGUCCUUGAUCUCUUCGUCACCAACCUCCGUUUUCUGAAUUGUGAUCGGCUGCCGGGUUGGCCCAAUAUCACCGCCGCCUCCUUCGGCAUCCACGAUGCUCGAACCAAGAUCAAAUGCGCCGAGUACGCUCUCUACCAGCUCUUCCGAAUCUACGACCCGCACACGACAACCGAGAAACUGCAGCCCUUUUUCCCGCCGCUCGAACCCCUACAAAGCGUCAACCUGCGCGCCGCGUUGUAUCGAUGCCUGAACGAUUUGAAGAAGAAUGGCGUGCUGCCCAAAGAUGCGGUGCUCAGGAAGUCCAUGCUUGAUGAGUGUCAAGGCGACAAGUUCUGGGAAGUUUGUCUGGCCUUCUCCGCCUUGGUGCUUCGCAAGGUGACGCUGGAGCGGAAAACUCGGCAUGGAAGACCUGUGGCGGAGCAGAUUGGUACCGCUCCGAAUGCCGGCAAACGAGCUAGGGAGUCCAUGCUUCCAUUGGCUUUCGCGCAUACCGCUGCUCUGAAGAAGGUCUUGGAUGAGAGAAGACGAAAGAAGGAGACGUAUAUCAAACUGCACGACCUUUUCGUGCAAAAGUCGGCAGAGAUGAAGCAGAGGGGUAGUCAAUCAGGAGACAAUGCGCGGAAAGUGAAGACGCUAUCGGCAGACAAGUUGAGAAGUCUCGAAUCGGCGAUAGGAAAGGGCUGGGUGGGCAGUACAGAGCUGAAAGGCGCGCUGAUCGAGGGAGACACUUGUGGCCGAGGCGAUGGAAUUCUCGUUGAAUCCUUCGACCAUCUCUGGCAGCAGGCUGGAGAGCAGGGACUAACCGUGUCGAGCGGUGCCGACGUCGGCCUUCUUCAGGAUUUGAAUAGUCGAGCUACACAGCAGAGUGUCCGGCUGCGAAUGUGGCAGAACUAUCUCAAUCGCGUCGUUGCUGCCCGACCGGAACCCAGACCGCCCACCGGAAACUCGGAAUCGGCGGGGCCUGCCCUUCGAUUCGACAAGCAUCGAGGCAUCACUCGCCACGAAGUUGUAUCGGAAGAUGACGAGGGAAGAAGAGAGACGAAAUGCAAGCCGACACCACGACCGCAGCAAACGCGGCACGCUACCGCUUUCCGGUACGAUGAAAUCCUCACAGCGAUGCGUGAAGAUCUGAGGAAGAGCUCCGGCAACCGCAGCUCCGAUCAGUCAACCAUCUCGCCACCCAAGCGAGCACACCCACACCCAAUGCCUGUGCGACCUUCGAGUUUGCUGUUGGAUGCCGCGGCGGGUGCUCAAAAUUCCCACUCGCGCUCUCCAUCGAUGACCGCCGUGCCUAUGCGCCCACGCAUGGGACGACGAGUGUCGUCGCAAUCCAAAGCAUACGAGAAGCCCAAAGUCGACAGCCAAAGAGAGCCAAUCCCGCUCAAGUCCGAGCUCUUUUCACCCUUGAAGGAGAAUCGACGGAGUGUCAGCUCUACCAUGUCUUUUUCUCCCGUUCUUCCAUCGGCUGCUGAGGGCACGGACGAUGGCGAUGCGGAGCGCGGCGCAGCUGUAAUUGGAAAGGCGAGCAGAGCUCAACUCAAAGAUGAUGCGGAUAGUGGAGUCGAUUUACAAUCCUCGCGUGACGAUGUCGUGACCGAUGACAACGACGCCAAUAGCAGCAGGAGCUCGGUGUCUCUUGACAACGAUGCAGUCAGUGUACCCCCUGCCGACGCUAUAUACCGAAACCCCGCGAUAGACGCUCUUCGACCUUCACUGGCAGAGAGGACAAGAAGAUCUAUUGCAUACAACAGCGAAGACUUUGCCAGUACCCUGCCUCGAGGACAGCCAGCCAACGACCAUGGGACUACACAACGCGAGCCCGCCAAUUUUGCGCAGACUCAGAACACGCUUCUGGACCGAACGCGCGAGUCCAUCUCCGCCGCGCCCACUCCUCUGGACCUUCCAAAGAAAGCCUCCCACAUCGCAUCCCGCUCAUCGCAAUACCCGGCCAAGCAGUUCGACACGCCGCACAAGAGUGGAAAUAGAGAUUUCACGCCUAUGGAGCAGCUCAUGUCGCCUGAAGCCGAGUACGAGAGCGUGUUCCGAUCACGGCCUAGGAUCGCACUCAGUCCCAUUCUGAGUCCACGUGAUGAUGAAGAUGGAGAGUUAGAGACGAGGUCAUUGGAUGUGGAUGGAGGAGGCUCGAGUCCGUUGGGGUUCGUAAGCUCUAGACGAUGAAUGCUA